GAAAAAAAAAAAAAAAAGGAUCGUUUCUAUAAAGAUUUUCAAGAAAUCAACAACUGGGUUCAAUUCUCUGAUUUCUUACUUUGCUUUUAAAAUUCUAACCUGAGUUUUUAGAGAUUCUGAUCUCAAGGAUCCUUUCUAUUCCCAGUGACCCCUAUUUUAUUAUAGAAUCAUAAACUCUCUGGCUCUGCAAAGGUUCUGGCCUUUCCAGGGAAAUUUUGCAUCAAACAGUCUCCAGGACGUUUCCCUCAAUUGUGGCAGAUUCUAUUUCAGUCCUAGGGAUUGUUCUCCCUGUAAGGAUUGCAGCUGGACAGACCUAAAUUCAAAUAUUUCCACCAUUAUUUUUCCUGAGCUUCAGUUACUGCAUCUACAAAACGUGGAUGACACCUUCUUCACAGGGUUAUUGUAAGGAUGAAACGAUAACACGGAUAAAGAGUGCGGGGCACGCCACAGGUCUUCGUAUUAAGGGAGUCCUGUUCCUUCUCUCAGUCCUUCAGGGCAUGUUGUUGUUGUGCACGGAGCAGGCACCCAGUAGAGGUCUGUGAUUUGAUCUCCGAGAUUUACCUGGUCCUCAGCAACGUUCCUGAGAACAAAACCACUCACCCCCUCUGGCUUUGGGGACUGUCCCCAAUUUCCAAGCAUCAGCAGGGAGCCCGGGCUUGCUGGGGAUUGCAAUCCACGCGACUCUUCCGUGCGCAGCAGGCGGCAGGUGUGUGGGAGCGAGCCGGGCUGGGCCCUGCGGCCUUCAUUCCCGGCCGCUCCCUUCCUAGCGGCUGGAGGGUGUGCGUGUGUGUAUAUAAUUUAAUCCCCGUGGGACUGGCGUCUGGCCUCAUCCGAGGCUCCGCGGAUUGGCUGACUGUCUCAGCUCGCCCCCGCCCUCCGUAUCCCUGGUGUCCCAGGUGGCUCGGGCCCCUGUGGUGAUCUCUGUUUACAGAGAGAACUCGUCCAAGUUGGGCUCCAUCUCUGCACUCGCUGCCCUCCCGGGCCCGUCUGCCUGGGAAGCGGCGCGAAACCGGCCGAACCAUUGCUCGCCCUUCCCCUCCCCCCAUCGCCCAGAGAGGUCGGGUAAGGGGACUAGCAGGCUUGUGGGAGGGGGAGCCCCCGGCCUGGGGCAUCCGGCAGGCCCCGUCCCGGUCCCUCACGCGGACCCAGGAUUCUGUCCCCAGGCCCGCUCCCUCCGCCCCCGCACCACCGUGCCCGGUGCCGUGCCCACCCUGGGCAAGCGGCCAGAGGCUGGAUCUCAGGGCUGUCAGCUCCCUAGCGGAGGCAAGGACGCGGAGCCCUCGCUCACAGGUGUUUCCCCACCGCAGCCGGACGGCGAUGACCCCCAGGCCCGCCGGACCCCCGGACGGGGGCUGGGGCUGGGUGGUGGCAGCCACAGGCUUCGCAGUGAACGGGCUCUCCUACGGGCUGCUGCGCUCCUUGGGCCUUGCCCUCCCUGACCUCGCCGAGCACUUUGACCGAAGCGCCCAGGAGACCGCGUGGGUCAGCGCCCUGGCCCUGGCCGUACAGCAGGCAGCCAGCCCAGUGGGCAGCGCCCUGAGCACACGCUGGGGGGCGCGCCCGGUGGUGAUGGUUGGGGGCGUCCUCACCUCGCUGGGCUUCGUCUGCUCGGCUUUCGCCCGCAGUCUGGCGCAUGUCUACCUCGGCCUGGGCCUCCUCGCAGGCUCCGGCUGGGCCCUGGCGUUCGCUCCCGCCCUCGGCACCCUGUCGCGUUACUUCUCCCGCCGUCGAGUCUUGGCCGUGGGGUUGGCGCUCACGGGCAACGGGGCCUCCUCGCUGCUCCUGGCGCCCGCCUUGCAAUUCCUCCUCGAUACUUUCGGCUGGCGGGGCGCCCUCCUCCUCCUUGGCGCCCUCACCCUGCACCUCACCCCCUGUGGCGCCCUGCUGCGACCUCUGACCCUCCCUGGCGACCCCCCGGCCCCACCCCGCGGCCCCCUAGCCGCCCUCGGCCUGGGUCUCUUCACACAUCGGGCCUUCUCGGUCUUCGCUCUGGGCACCGCCCUGGUUGGGGGCGGGUACUUCGUUCCCUACGUGCACUUGGCCCCCCACGCUUUAGACCGGGGCCUGGCGGGGUACGGCGCAGCGCUGGUGGUGGCGGUGGCUGCGGUGGGCGAUGCGGGCGCCCGGCUGGUCUGCGGGUGGCUGGCGGACCAGGGCUGGGUGCCCCUCCCGCGGCUGCUGGCCGUGUUCGGGGCUCUGACAGGGCUGGGGCUGCUAGUGGUGGGACUGGUGCCUGUGGCGGGGAGCGAGGGGGGCUGGGGGGGCCCCCUGCUGGCCGCGGCUGGGGCCUACGGGCUGAGCGCCGGGAGUUACGCCCCGCUGGUUUUCGGCGUGCUCCCGGGGCUGGUGGGCCUCGGAGGUGUGGUGCAGGCCACCGGGCUGGUGAUGAUGCUGAUGAGCCUCGGGGGGCUGCUGGGUCCCCCCUUGUCAGGCUUCCUCAGGGAUGAGACAGGAGACUUCACUGCCUCUUUCCUCGUGUGCGGCUCCUUCAUCCUCGCCGGCAGCUUCAUCUACACGGGGCUGCCCAGGGCGCUGCCCUCCUGCCGUCCAGCCUCACCUCCAGCCACUCCUCCUCCUGAGAUGGGGGAGCUGCUCCCAGUCCCAGUCCCGCAGGUUGCCCUGCUCUCCCCAGCAGGCCCUCGCUCCACUCUGGACGCCACUUGUUGAUCAUUUCCUUGUUUGAGUCCUUGCCCCAAUAAAGAAUUCUUAUCCAGUUUU